AUGGUUACUUUCGGAACACCACCGAUCGAUGACUACGAUAGCGUAAAUACUAUAUCAGAGCUUUUGGGCACACGGGUUUCUACUUAUGACGAGCAAGGCGGACAAUUCGAAUUCGGGCGAGAUGGAUCUAAAAUGGCCAAAGACAGAUCUGAGGCGGAAGAAUUCCAAUCUUAUCAGCGACUUAUCUCUGCGGACUACAAAGAAACUAUAUAUCGACAUGUGGUAAAGUUUGCCAACAUGUUUAUCCGCAAAAAUGGGGCCGAUGUUAACCUCCCGGCCGUCCAUCGUCAUGAACGCUACUUCACACUUGCUCCGUCUGAGAGGAUUGUGUACAUCGAUGUUGAAAGGAUGGUCCAUGAGCAGGAUUGUCUGUUCAAUAAAAGGAAAAUCACCCAGAACAACGAUGGAAUGACCACUGAAAUGAAGCUUAGGGCGGCGGUUGAGUAG